AUGUCUCCUGAACGGAACUCUAUCUAUUCCUCACCUGAAGCUGCACCAAAGCCGUAUACGAAGGCCCUAACGCCCAUCACGCUACCAACCUUAUCUUGGCCAGUCACUACCACGACCUCUGAGUUUCCAACGCGCGCGCAAUAUCAGGAAAUCGAAUCCAACUACCUCACAUGUCUUAGCCCAAGGCGACAGGGAAAAGCUCUGAUUUCUCAAUCCAUCUUCGAUAGGAUCUGGGAUGUCCUUCACAAUUCAAACUCUCAAGCUGAGAAUCCCCAAUUCAGAUUCUGGGCGAGGAAAAUGUUCACCCUGUCGAAUGCUCACGGCUUUGCAACGACCGGUACACCGCAAGAGGUUUUACUCCACGACGGCUUGCUAGUGGCAGUUCAAGAACAGAUUUACGAUUUGCUUUGUUAUUGUCACGCCAGCACUAAUCAUGGAGGACGAGAUAAGACCUGCGCGUUGAUACGGAAAUAUUAUACCUGGGUUCCGAAGGAUCUGGUGGCUAGCUUCGUAAAGGCUUGUCCGACGUGUCUCAACAAGAAAGGCGGGAGCUUAGGCAAGGAGAAGAAACUCGCUACCACACAAGGAAAUUACUCCUCGACCGUCAAGACUGAAGACGAAGAAACUCGGCUGCCUCAAUUACACGAUCCUUUCCAAUCCACUGUCCUAGCUGCUCCUCGCCCCCUGACUAUCAGUCCACGGCACUCAAUACUCCCGCCUCUUCAAGAACGCGAAGAAUCGAAAGCCCCGACGGGUUCUUCUUCAAUCAUUUCUCCUUGCGCUCUUCUUUCUCGCCCAAUGGUUCGGGAAUGUACAUUAUACAAAGGGCUUCCUAAUGGCUGGCAAACACGACACAAAGACUACGCCUCUGCUCAUGCAGAGUUUAUGGAAUUGAAGAACAAUAUCGAUCCGUCUCUCCCCCCGGGCCCACGCAGGAAGAGAAUACCAAGCAUCGCACCACUUUGGGGCCCGGACCGGUUCCCUGCACCGGAAGAAGCGUCUGGAAUGGAAUCAUUGACGAACAUAUCCCUGCCCUCCAUUACAGACGAUGACGGAAUUGACCCACUCGAUUCGAGCUUGCCAGAAGCACUUUUGCCACUGCUCAUCACGCGUCGCGAGGUCAAUUUGGAACACUCACCCGAAAAUGUUCGCAAGAAGCCUUACUUCCAGGGGAAGGGGAAAGCCAGCGGAUCCUCUCGCCCUCACGGUCCCAAGCACGGAGGCAUAUUGAUUAACGAUCUCUCCCGGCCAUCGCUUCCUCUUUUGUCAAUGAAAACCUCAGCGUCCACUCGGCAUCCACGCUUAAGCUUGGACACAGAGAUGCUUACCGAAAUGUCGUUUCAAAAGUUCCUAAACCAUCGUGACAAUCCGGCAUCAAGCGACGGCGACAGCCCUACAGAGCUUCAGGUGGAUCCGUCAUACCCAUCUCUACUGUCUGAAUCUGGCAGCGGCGGCUACGCGAUGUCUACGACCUCUAGCCUCUCCCCUGCUAGUACUGCCCUCCCUACCCCACUCGAUGAAUGCUUCCCUGGGAAGGGCUUCAACGAGACCUUUCUGACGGGCAAGUACGACGGUAAAAGAGAGGAUAAUCUGUCUGGGGUGACUUUGGGCCUCGAAAGUGCUUUGAUGGUGCUUGGACAUUGA